CCGUCUCGUCUCUGCUCUUGCUCCGAAAAAUUUCCCAAAGCCACAGCCAUGGAGCAAGCUCCGGUACAGAUCGGGCAGUUUAUCCUGGGGAAGAAUCUCGGAAUCGGAGCCUUUGGAAAGGUACGACACCUCGAGCAGCUUGGGGAGGGGUCGAGGGGAAGGCAUCAAUCAAGGUUGAGAAAAACAGGGGUGAUACGCGUGAAAAACUCGUAUUUCCCUACCGUAGACUGCGCCAAAAUAUUUUUUUACGAAAGAUUGUGCGCGAGUUUUGUUGACAUGCCUCCUGUUCUCUGCACGCAAUUUUUUCUCGUGACGUCAUGGAUACUGCUGUUGCAACAACAUGAUCCUUACAACAACAUGAUGCUAACUUUGACUCCUUGUUGACUGUCUGCCUCCUGACUCUCUUUUGCUGCUAUGCCAAUUGCUUUGUGCUGGAUUACUACCGUCAAUGCCUUUUGUAUGCUAACAACUUUCCGUGCCAAUCCACAUCGAUCGAUGCAAACCAAUGAUCAUCACAAAACCAAAACUGCGAUCGGAUGUGACCAACUUCACUUUCCUUGCGAUUGCAUUCCAUUCCAUGUCUUUUGGGUAUCUCGAACCAAACAAUUCGAUCGCAUAAUACGGCUGCGAUGGAUAGGUUAAAUUAGCCACCCAUGUUGUCACGGGACACAAGGUCGCCGUAAAGAUAUUGAACAAGGCAAAGAUCAAGCAACUAGGAAUGGAAGAGAAGGUCCAGCGCGAGAUCAACAUUUUGCAUCUCUGUACCCAUCCACAUAUUAUCCGUCUGUACGAAGUCAUCGACACUCCCACCGACAUUUUCCUAGUGAACGAAUACGUUUCGGGCGGAGAACUCUUCGACUAUAUCGUGAGCAAGGGACGUCUCAGUGCCGACGAGGCCAGAAAUUUCUUUCACCAGAUCAUUUCGGGUGUAGAGUAUUGCCAUUUUCAAAAGAUUGUUCACAGAGAUUUGAAACCAGAGAAUCUAUUGCUAGAUGCCAACGACAACAUCAAGAUUGCAGAUUUUGGUCUUUCCAACCUGAUGCGAGACGGUGACUUUUUGAGGACAUCCUGUGGGUCGCCGAACUAUGCCGCCCCGGAAGUCAUCAGUGGACAUUUAUACGCCGGUCCCGAGGUAGAUGUUUGGUCCUGCGGGGUCAUUUUGUACGCACUGCUGUGUGGUUCUCUGCCCUUUGACGACGAAUCGAUUCCCAAUCUGUUCAAAAAGAUCAAGAGUGGAAUGUACAGCCUGCCGACUCAUCUUUCCCAGCUGGCAAAAAACUUGAUCCCUCGGAUGCUGGAAGUCGACCCCAUGAAGAGAAUCACGAUACCAGAAAUUCGAUUGCAUCCGUGGUUUCAGCACAAACUUCCACCGUACCUCAGACACCCUCCAGAGUUAAUGGAGAAACAGGAACGGGUGGUGGAUUCGCAGGUGAUCGACGAAGUCAUGAAACUUCCCUUUCACAAGGCGUACGGCAGUCUGGCCAACCAAAACGGCAUAUCGAAUCACAUGAACGGUGCCGCAAUGCAACAAUAUCCUACCGUGUCGAGAGACCUGAUCGAAAAGGCCGCAGCCCUGGAAGACAACCGAGAUUCCGACACGCCAAAACUAUUGCGCGAUCUGCGCUGCGCCUAUGAACUUAUCCUAGACCACAAGCACACCCGCCUAAGAGUCAUGGAGGUGGCGAGGGCGAUCAAAGAAGCCGCCAGUGCAACUCCACCGGCGUUUUCACCGGGGGGAUCACGGGGGGCGACACCGGGCGGGAGUCACUACCCCUCCGGAAGGUACGGAUCGGCGAGUGGCGGGAGCUACGACGGUCGAUCCUACGGUUCCAAUCAUUCGCACAAUUCAUCACAAUCUCCCACAACCCUGCAGUCUCCGGCCAACCAAGCAAAGCUUGCGGAAGAGGCAACGCGGGCCCUGACGCAACCGGGGAGCCAACAACACUCAGGGACUCCGUCGGGUCUCUCCCACCCGCCGGCUUCGGCGGCUCAAACACCCCCCAUUGGUGUCGUCGGUGUCGGUAGCCAUCCCGUCGUCCAAAUGACCUCGAGCAUUCCAGGUAACACGGGGAUGAUUGCCCAGCACCAACACGGAAGAAGAACACGACGGUGGUAUCUAGGUAUUCAGAGUAAAAAGGAUCCGGCCCACGUCAUGACCGAGGUCUACAAGGCUCUCAUGGCGCUGGGUUGCCAAUGGCUCCAAUUGUCGUCGUACCGGAUCAAGUGCAAGUGGCGACCAAACGGCCCGCAAGAAAGCGCGUUGCCGGCCUUGCAGAGCAGCCACUUUUCGGGGAUGAUGCCGGCGGCCGGAGGAGAAACAGCGGACGCCGCCUUUCGCCAUACCGUGAGUCUGGCCACCGGCAGCAUGGACACAGACGAAGAUGUUUCGAUGGACGGAGCGAAAGAAAAACAAACUACCGCUCCAACAAAAGUCACGGAUUACAUGAAGGUUGUAGCGGGAGACGACGGACACGAGGUCCCCGUCCCAAACCUGUCCACCCAGAAUUACUCCAUCAAGAUUGGUCUGACGCUGUACAAGGUACAGCAAAACAUUUAUCUAUUGGAUUUCCAGAAAAAAACCGGUGACGCCUUUUCGUUCAUGACCCUGUGUGCCAACAUUAUUACCGAGCUCAAGACGCUCAGUGCGGCGAGCAGGCAGCAGCAACUCUUGCAACAACAGCAAGCGGCAGCUGCAGCGGCGCAGCAGCAAGCGCUACAGGCACAACAACGGCAGGGCCAUGCCUAGGUCAAACAAUGAAUAAGACACGGAUCU